GGCGCUGCCCGCUGCCAGCCCCGCUGGAGCCGUCCCCGAGGGCCGCGCGGGGUCAGGCCGGUGCCCGGCCCGGGGCUUCGGGCCCUCACGGAGGCUCUGGGUGCCGCAGGGAGGGAAGCGGCGCUUCACCAAAUGGGUUCUCCGCCGGGGGACACGGGCCCUUUCUUUGGAGAGGCGUUCGGAUUCUUCCUCCCCUGGAGAAGAAAAGGGAAUUGUCUGGGCGAGGCACGGAGCUGAAGGCUGACAUUUCGCAGCGCAGCGAGCUGGCACCUCCCGCUCAGAGCUGGCUCUGAAAAGUCUCUUUUUUUAGCCUGGGAGAACAGGUCCUGGCUGAAGGUACCUGGUGUGGCAGCCCAGGCUCGCCCUGUGCAGGAGUUGAGGCUGAACCCCUGGGGAUUUAACUGCAGGUGCAACCCGGCUUUAGUGUGCCUCGCAGGACGGUGAGGAUGUUGUGGUUGGUUGUGAGCAGUCAGUAGAUGUAGCUCUUAAUUUCUACUCCAGUCUUGAUUAAGAGGCUCAAAAAGGAGGAUUGUUUGCACAAUGCUGUUGUUAGGGCUAAUAUCACUUAUUCUGCAAAGACCUUGACCCCACGGUGGGCAGGAAAUGUCUUUGAGAUGAGAAUGGAAUUAGGACCUCUGAAUCCUAGGCUGUAGCUUGUCACUUGGGAGAGGAAAAGAAGAAAAGGGAGGAAAAAAAACCCACAGCAUGUGGCAUUGAAUCCUAAAAUAAAUUCCAAUCAUGUGGGAUGAUAACAAGCCAGAUUGCCAAGUCGUGUAAGUUGGCAGACUUGAUUCCAGAGGGUCCAAAUUACUUCGCUGGUAAUUGCUCUUCCAACAGGCAUUUGGUGCUAUGAAGUUGCAUGUGCUUGAAGGCAUGGAGGAAACUGUAACUAUUGAUCAAAUUCAGUCUCUUUGGCUUUCAGAUAAGUAUUAAUGUGUGUCUGCGCCCAGAUACUUGGAGGAGGGUUAUCUGCAGAAUUUGUCCGUUGUUGGCUGGUGUGGAAAACCUAAAACCUCAUCUUUAAGGUGCAAACACCAAACUGCCACAUGCUAAUUUUGCAUCUAGCUUGCUACUUCAUCCCACUUCUGUCAUGGCAGUGUAACUUUGGGGUGCAGCUGAGGGCCCCAGGAUCUGGGGAAGUGCUGGAGGAUACUGCUGUGCACUGUGCCAGCCUGGAAAGGACAAGGAGACCCUGGGUAGCAAAGGUCAUAAGGGAAGAACUUGGUUUCUGUGAAGUGUGGGCUGUCUGUCUGUACAGUCCAGUGGGAUCAGCAAAGCACAGUGUGCUGGGAGCCCCACAGGUUCCUGUGUGGAGAUGUAGCCGGUGUCCCAGCACACAUUGUCAGCUUGUUUUGCUCACAGCUCUGUGUGUCAGUGGUUGGGUGCCUGAUCUGUGUGUGCAGUUUGGGUUUGUGGACACUGCUGAGUGCUCAGCUCAAGGUUAUUCUGCUGCCCCAGCUGAUGCACGGGAGACCUGCUGCUUUGUGAGCGCGUUCCUGGCCGUGCGUGCUGCCAGAGCAAGAGAACUGCGAAAGCUUUCAUGGGUAACUAAUGACAGCCAGGCAUUUACAAACAGCUGUGUGUCAGUUCUUGUCUCCUGUAUGGAUUUUCUUCUUGUUUGAGCUCAGACUGGGAUGGUCUGAAGUGAGCUAGUCACUGGAUGGUGUGAAAGUUACUGUGACACUUUAAUUUUUCUCAUAACCCACUUCAUGCACACCUGCAGAGCCAUGGUACAGCAGGGCCUGGUUGUGCCUCUUCUGCUGAUACUCUUGCUCUGUGCAACCUGCACAACAGCCUCAAAUAUUUUUUUAAUGGAUUGAGGAGGCAUAAUUGGAUUCAGAGCAGUGCAAGUUACAGGGACAUAUGUGAGUUGGAAGGAUUAAGGCUGUGCAGGCGGGUGGCCUUGUUCAAGAAAAAUCCUCUGUAAUUUCUGCAGUGAAAAGUUGUCAGUGUGUUUUCUAUCAGAGCAGAUUUAAAAGGGAGGGGAGCAGUGCUAAGUAUGAUUGCUGUUUGCUGUGAAAGGCGAUUACAGUUCAGGCAUUGGAUAAAGUUCUGUGAGGGCUGGAGUUGGGAAUGGUGAAUUUGGGUCUCUCCAGAAGCACUCAUGGAAAAAUGAGUUUCUUUCCCUUCUCUCCUGGUCUCCCACCUGGACAGAAGAAGUGGGAUGCAGAAUGACACCAGGGUUUAACAUAAACUGCCUUUAAACAGGCAAAAGUUAAACUAUUUGCAGAUGGGUCAGUUUAGGAGAGGAGAAAAUAUUCAGAAAUUCUGUCCACUUCAAUUUGUCUUGCAGAAUUAAUUAAUUGCUGGCCCUUUGGUGCAGAUCGGUGCAUUAAGUACCAACCUUCUGUCCCCUGGAGAAGCAAGAGGAAACAACUUCUGCUCUGCUAGGGUCUGGCUGGUGAAUGCAAAAGGCACCAUUGCAAAAGUACUUGUGAUUUUCACUGAAAACAGCGAGGAAAAACCAUCACCCUGAUCCAGACAUUGAGACUCGUCAACCGAUGGGACAAAGAGCUGAGACACUUGGCUGUACUAGGACACUAAAACAUAGGGUUUAGCCAAAGAAUAUUUCCCCACUGUGGAGGCCUGUAGCAUUCUUGGGAGGCUUUUCUAUCCCUCUUCUCCAUUUCCAGAUUUCCACACAUCAUGGUUCAUCAUGCCUAGUGGCAUAUAAAAAGACUCCACCUCCCGUCCCACCUCGGACCACGUCCAAGCCCUUCAUCUCUGUCACUGUGCAGAGCAGCACUGAGUCAGCCCAGGACACCUACCUGGACAGCCAGGACCACAAGAGUGAGGUCACCAGCCAGUCGGGGCUCAGCAAUUCCUCAGACAGCUUGGACAGCACCAGGACGCCCAGUGUCACCAGGGGCAGCGUCGUGACUCCAGCCAGAGACACUCCAGAGUUACCUCAGAAAAAUGCAACUUUGAAAAGUGACAAAGGGACUCUGACUAACGAAGAGCCUAAAGUGGAGAAUAUCCCCAAAAGAAAGCUAUCAUCUAUAGGAAUACAAGUUGACUGCCUUCAGCCAGUGGCAAAAGAGGAGCCUCCUCCACCAGCCACCAAAUUCCAGUCCAUCGGGGUACAGGUAGAGGACGAGUGGCGAAACAGCCACUCUCGCAGCAUGUCCUCCAAACAGGACACAGACUCUGACACGCAGGAGCCCAAUAACUCCAGCUGUAAAUCAUCUGAGAGAAGCCUCGCUGAGUGCCCCCAGCACAACAACUCUGUUGGUGUUGAUGCCUCCACCAGGCAACCAGCCAAGCCCUCACAGAUUAAGAGAAACCUCUCCUAUGGAGAAAACAACGACCCGGCCCUGGAGCCUUCUUCUCUCCCUCCUCCUGACCCCUGGCUCGAGAGCUCCUCCACGUCGCCGUCGGAGCCGGCACAGGCGGGGCCCUGCCGGCGGGACGGCUUCUGGUUCCUGAAGCUGCUGCAGGCAGAGACCGAGCGCCUGGAGGGCUGGUGCCGCCAGAUGGACCAGGAGACCAAAGAGAACAAUCUCUCUGAGGAAGUCUUAGGAAAAGUCCUGAGUGCAGUGGGCAGUGCACAGUUACUAAUGUCACAGAAGUUCCAGCAAUUCCAUGGCCUCUGUGAGCAAAACUUGAACCCUAAUGCCAAUCCCAGACCCACAGCCCAGGACUUGGCUGGAUUUUGGGAUCUCCUCCAGCUGUCCAUUGAAGACAUCAGCAUGAAGUUUGACGAGCUGUACCACCUCAAAGCUAAUAGCUGGCAAUUGGCAGAGACACCGGAGAGAAAGGAAGAGAAGAAGCCACCCCCUCCAGUGCCAAAGAAGCCAGCCAAGUCCAAAUCGCAGCUGAGCCGGGACAAAGGCUCCGACUCGGACAAGCAGCGGCAGGAGGCGCGGAAGCGGCUGAUGGCGGCCAAGCGCGCGGCCUCCGUGCGGCAGAACUCGGCCACCGAGAGCGCCGACAGCAUCGAGAUCUACGUCCCCGAGGCCCAGACCCGCCUCUGAGCCCAGCCACGGCCAGCCCGCGGCUUUUAUAAGUCAUUAAAUGGGAAAAAAAGGUUCUCUUGAAACUAGUGUGAUUUAUUCAGUCUAGAGACAAUGAGCCAUCCUUGAAAAGGGCUCCUGAGUUGGCUUUUUUCUCUCUCAGCUUUAAGUAAUGAAGAUUUUAACAAAAAAAAAAAAUACAAACAAAAAAAAAAAAAUUAAAAAAAAGAAAAAUGCCCCUCGUUUUCUCCCCAGCUGUGGUGUUGCUGAAUGGACUGGACAGACUCCUGGGAACUCCAGCCCCUCGACUUGGAACUUCAGUCUUUUUACUUGUUCUAUCUCAUGAGAAUUAUUAGCUUGUUUACAAGAAGAGGACAAGAAAACACGAAGCCUUGAGCACUUGCCAUGCUGUGUUCUUCCUCCUCCUCAGAUCUGUUCUGCCCUUCUCAUCCUUUAUUUUUCCCUCCUGCUGCUCCCGUUCUCCCACCCUUUGCAUGGUUUCGGUUCCCGUGCCCGGACCCCCCUGUCCCCGCAGAGAACACCUGUGGUGUGUCAUUCCUGCUGCCCUCUCCAGCCAGCAGCCUGCUGGCCUUUGUGUUCUUGGGAUGGAGAUGCUGGGGUGGGGGAGGACGGGCACAGGGGGCCCUAUCUUCAGCUUGUUGGAGGGAGAGGACGCCGGGGCUGUGGAAUGUGGGGUUGAAAUGCAGCCCAGAAGCAAAAUGUGCAAUAAACCUGGCGCAGGGGAUCCCGAGAGCCGGAGCCCGCUCCGGAGCGGAGCCGGAGGAGCACAGAGCACGAGCACAUCACUAUGGUUUCCCUCCUCUUCCCAUUCCCACACCGUUGUCCUUGGCUGGCUGGUGGAGAGAGGAGCUGCUGCAGCGGGGGCUGUGGGGUCAGCGUGUCCAGGAGGAGACAGGAGGGUGUACAUAUGCACAUAUACACUUAGUAGUACCUGUAUAGUAAUUCCUACACACGGAUCCUGCCCACGCCGCCGCGGGGGUGGGCAGAUGUAUAGCAUAUAUUUUUACAUGUACUAUAUCUAGAUGUGUGUCCAAGUGUGUGUAAAAAUAUAUACCCUGUGUGUAAGCAGAUGACUAUUUUUUCCUUAUCUCCCUGCUCUCUGGGUAGAGGAAGGAUUGCUAAAUAUUUUUUAGCCCAUUUUUUCUUCCCCUUUGUAGGUCUCCUUUCCGGUCUGGCUCCUCGGAGCCAGAGCUGCCACCCCCUGAUUCUUUGCCACCCUCUCACACAGAAGGUUUUUGUCCCAUCCUGAGGGAUCUCGCUGGGGAUUUUUUUUUUCCCUCUUCACACGUUUGAACAAGUUGGGAGAUUGUGUGCUACUGUCAUGGGGGUGGAGGUGGAAUCCCAGUGGUUUCAGUGAGAGUGUUGGUGAUCCAGAAGGCAAAAAAUAAAUAAAAGUGAAAUCCUGAA